AUGGAGAGGCAGCGCUCGGCGAGCCGCGAGAGCGCGGCGGCGCAGUCACUAGCGGACGCGCGCGAGCAGUUGGGGGCCGCGCGCGCCCGCGCACUCGAGCUCGCCGCCGCCAGGGACGCGCUGGCCACCCGCCUGCGACAGGCGGACGAGGCGGCGGCCGCGAUGCGGGCCGACGUGUCGCGGCUGGUGCAGCAGUUUGACUCGCAGGCUGCGGAUAUGAAACAGAGCAUCGCGCGACUGGAAGAUGAGGCGCGCGCGGCGCGGCGCGAGGUGUCGGCGCGCGACGAGCAACUACAGCGCGGCGCCGCCCUGCUGGACGAAGCUAAGAAAACUAUUGAACAUCUGAAACAGCAGGAAGCUCGACACGUGGAUCUAAUCGACCACCUAGAGAAAGAUAUCAUUGCCAAGAAUGAACUUCAGCACAGCUCGAAGGAAGAAAUACUUUCUAUGCAACAUCGUAUAAGCAACCUCGAAGCGGAGAAGAUCAAAAUAAACGAACAGUUGAACGAGACCGAGCAGGAACGCGGUCGAGCACGCGACGCCCUCGACGAACUGACCUCCGUCGUCGAGCAACUGCGCCGCGAACUGGACGACGCGCGCGCCCAGCUCGACUCUGAGCGGGCCGCGCUGGGCGCGCUGCGGGAGGCCGCCGCCGCGCGCGAGCGCGAGCUGGACGCCAACACCGGCACCAUCGCGCGCCUCAUGGCAGACCUGCGCGCCGAGGCAGACCACGACGCCGAGCGCGACGCGGCGCGCCUCGCUGAGCUGCAGCUACGCGACGCACUGGCGCGCCUCGAGCGCUCCGUCCAGGACAAGGAUCGCGAGAUCGCCGCACAGAUGACCAUCAUUCUAGACAUGCGCGGGGAGAAGGAACGGCUGCAGGAGCGGAUCCAAGGCAUGCAGAAUACCAUCGACAACAUCCAGAAAGAGCUGACGGGACGCUUGGCAGCACCCAAAGUGGCGCCAGAGCAGUGCGAGCCUCCCGAACUAGACGACACGCCGGCCACGCGCCGCGCCGACGACCCCGUGUUCGGGUUCCUCAGCGACGGCAGCGUGGACGGAGACGCGCUGGACGUGAGUGUCCCCCGGAGGUCAGAGGUGCUAGGGCCCGCUACGCGAGCGGUCGUACAGAGCGCGGUGUGUGCAGGCGCGCGAGGUGGGGCGCCGGUUCCAGGCGCUGCGCGGCGGCGGCCGGCUGCGGGCGGCGCAGGGUUCAAUUUCGCUGUCACAAGUUAAAGACGACUUGAAAAUUAAAAAUCGGUCGUUUUUUAAAACCAAACGUUUCGAUAGUAAGACUAAGAAAUACAAGUAAGAAGUGUUGUGCCAUCGACCACUUCACCUAGUAUAAAAUAAUUUGUUUUAUUUUUAUUAAAAAUACCUAACUUACUUUCCUUAUUAAUUUGUUUUACAUUAAAUACCUAUCCACAUAGUAAAUGUGUUUCAUUGCCCAUUUCAGUCGUUUAUUGUUACGCUCUAC